CUCUGCCCAAAUAAUCACUUGUUCGAAACCGCUUUGAUUGCUCGCAGAGUUCCAUCCAUUCUCGCGGAGCAAUAUUGAGGGAUGGCGGCCCAAGAGUCAGCCUGGUACGACGCAUAUCCGAAACCGCGAAACCAGUCGCCUGCAGUCGUUAGUCGACAAGAGUUGCUGCAAUGGCUUCAAAAUGGAAAAAUGCCUGGGGGAGACUUUCUCCUGGUGGACUUACGCAGGACCGAUCAUGAGGGUGGGGCCAUCAGAGGUUCUAUCAAUCUUCCUGCUCAGAGUCUCUACCACAGCCUCCCAACUCUAGCAAGUUUGUGUCGAAAUGCGGGUAUACGAACCGUAAUCUGGUAUUGCGGGUCAUCUAGGGGCCGAGGCACUCGUGCUGCCGGAUGGUUUCAAGACCUACUUGAUGAUCGACAAAUCUCUGGAAUCACAAGUGCAAUCCUACUAGACGGGAUCAGUGGUUGGGCUCGAGCGGGUGAGGAGUACACGCGUCUCAUGGAGGAGUACAAUCCUGAACCAUGGUUGAAAGCAAAGUAGGAAGGCCUCCGUGAGAGCAGCAGGUUAGAGUCGUAUUUGUGAAGCCAGUUAUCGGGGCCUUAACCGGGCCUUACCAACUCUCUAUCUUCAGUGUGUAUACUUUUCCGUUUGCAGAGCAUUCGCACACCCCACAGACAAGAGCUUGCGCAGAUGUAACAAACUCCGCAGAAUAUUUGAGUGUACAAAUAGGGACGGGUGUGCGUAGGCCGACGAAGGUAGAGCGCGAUGACUUCGGAGACUUUGAACCAAGGGGAGUUAGCACAGAACCUAAGCUAGAACAGACAAGGACGACGUACAGGUGGUUGGGAGAACAACACACAACCAGGAGAGUGAGAGGAGCGAAGGAAGCUGUUUCAACCCUGCAACUUCAACACAUAGUGGCGCGAUAGUCUAGUCAGUUAGUGAGUCACCAAAAAUGUAAAAUCUGUGUGGGCGAGAUAAUGCGUACCAUCCAAAAAACUCCUAGAA